UCUCGAUAUCUCUCAUAGCUCGUGCUUCGAGCUUCCUUCUUUCUUUCUGUUCUUUGCGUCAUCGUGUAGCUCUAUUCCUCCUGUGAGCUCCGCGCCUUUUUAUAUCUUCGCAUCUCUGGAAACGAAGACUGAAGUCAGCCUCAAGACACUUAGUUUCUAAAUCCUCACUUGCGGUCGCAAUUAUGGCACCUGUUGCGUUAUCCACGGUUCUGGCGACUCUGUUUGCGAUAGCAGUUGCGCAAACGGAACAAAUCACUUGGUCUGCAAUUACUUUUACCUACCACGGCGAGAAGGUUCCUGAUCUAUACCCGUCACCGUAUUACCUCACGCCAUAUGGUGCGAAUCAGCUUCUCAAUGCUGGACAAAUUGUACGGGAUCGCCACAUCAGUCCACCUGAAAAUGGAUCUCUCAUUACUGGUGCUGCAGUCAUUAAUGGAAUAAGUACAGCUGCUAUCGACAACACUCAGCUAUAUAUCCUAGGCACAGAUGAUACUGUUAUAAGUCAGAGUAUGCAGGCAUUCAUGCAAGGAUUGUAUCCGCCGAGGGAGGCACCGAGCUUCGACCAGUACGAUGUUAUGGCUGAUGGUACCCUCCAACAAUACCCUCUAGAUGGAUAUCAGUACCCCGUAAUGUCGGCUGUCAGCGAACUUGACUUUAAUUAUAUAUAUGUCGCCGGAAAUACGGGGUGCACUACGAACGAUAUCCUAACAGUCGAAACCCUGGACUCGGAUCCCUUCAUUCAAGAAGUGGAAAAUACAGAGAGCUUCUACACUGCUCUGAACAGCUCCAUAUUUUCGGGUUUGCCUAUUGACAUUCUCAACUAUGGCAACGCCUGGGACCUGUAUGAAUACGCCCUCUUCGAAUACACCCACAAUGGCACAAUUGCCAACAGUUCCGAAUUCACAACCACUGACCUCGAGUUAUUGUACUCCCUUGCGUCAGCCCAGCAGUGGACAUUUAAUACGCCUUCUGAAGACGCGACUAUCCAAGCAAUGGCAGGUCGCACAUACGCCUCGAAGGUAUUGGAGCAAUUCAGUCAUAACAUCGCUUCUUCUGGGUCCACUGACAAGUUAUCUUUGCUUUUCGGCUCCUUCGAACCAUUCCUCGGAUUCUUCGCACUUUCAAAUCUCGCAACUGGCCCUUCAGCAGGGAGAUUUAAUUCCCUCCCCCUCCAUGGCAGCACCAUGACCUUUGAGCUCUUCUCCUUUGCUACACCCUCAGAUGGAAAUCUUAGUACUCCAUUCCCUGAUGUUGGGGACCUCAGAGUGCGCUUCCUAUAUAGAAACGGGACUGGGGAUAGUGACACAUUGAUUGAAUACGCCCUCUUCGGGCGCGGGAAUUCCGAGGCAGAUAUGUCGUGGACGGACUUCGUUCAGGGCAUGGGAGAAUUCAGUUUGAAUGAUCUAGUCGAUUGGUGUACUGAAUGCAACACCGCAUCACUUUUCUGCGAAGCUCUUGAGGACAGUCAGUCCACGAAUUCUUCGUCCUCAAGCACUGCGAAUUCAAGCGGUAGCUCUAGAAUCAGUCCUACGAUUGGUGGGGUGAUUGGAGCCGCGGUCACUGUUGCACUGAUGAUCAUCGUGGCUGCUGCUCUGUUAUUGUUCGGAUUCCGACUUGAACAUCGAGGGAACGGUGCCAAGGGCGGAGAUUUGGGUGUGUUGAAGAGGAGUGGAAGUGGAAAUGGUGGUUUCAAAGGUGCAGAGAGAUUGGCAUCUGAUACGGACUUGCGGCUGAAAAGUGGUGCUGGAGCGACUGUCGUCAGACACGAAAGAGUUGGGAGUUGGGAAUUGAAUGAGAGUCCUACCGAUCGCAAGCAUGCGAGUUUGGACAAGGAGAUCGAGAGUGGUGGCAUCACAAGCACCGCGGAUUAUGGACGGCAUAGUGAGGAUGGCCUGGAGCAUGUGAAUCCUGUGAAGCCUUUGGAUCAGGUGUGAGAGUUUGAUAGUUGGGCUGUUGGAGUUUUUCUGAAUUUUCAUGGUUUGAAAUACGGUUAGAUGGUGUGGGAGGACUGGGUUGGCAGCGUUUGGUUUUGAUGCCUUGAUGAUAGCUGAUGAUACCCUUCUUUGUCUCUCACUCUAACACUUUCCCAAUAUAUAGGAUAGGCUAUUUCCAUGAUUAUUAGAUAGCAGGAGUUGGGAAUCCUAGAACCUUUGACAAUGAUACUGUUAUUCUGGGCUCUGAAAAUGUGUACGGU